CAGAGGUAAACAAUAUGCACCAAACGCAAUUAGAUUUUCCGGCAUUUCCGCUUUCCCUGCUGGACGACUGCGAUCUAGGCACACAAAAGUGUUAUGUGCCCAAAGAGGAGGAUAUUCCGUCGACAGGAUGGUGCCGAUGCGUCCUCUCCGAUGGAAGCUUCGCCGUUUGUUGGGCUACAACGCGUGCCGGCAGUGAAACUUGUUGCUUCCUUGAUGGAAUGGUCACCUCCACAUCGAAAUUUUCACCUUCUAAUCAGCAGUUGGUGCUCUUAGAACCACUGGAAAUGGUUUCCUGUCCAGAGAGGAUUUCGUGUGUAGUCACAAUUACUCAGGAGUUACUGCAACGGCCUCAGGUUUCUAUGGAGGAUCUGAAGGAUGAUGUUAGUGUUUUCCUGCGCCACCUGAAGCUCACCAAAGGAUGCUGUGUGCAGCACAAACGCCUUACCCAGCUGGGCAUUGCUUGUGUGGAGAUCCUCGAUGUGCCAGGCGUGGCAGUUAAUGAAUGUUUCGAAAUAGAUCGAGAUACUGAGCUUCUCCUUAAGGACACACGAUUGGCUUUACCCUAUUCGUUAGUUUCCACGUCAACAUACCUGCCCCACAGCUUCGAGCAGUCCAUUGCGGACCUAGAGCAUUUGCUGGUAACUUCAGAGAGCAGUUUCUCGCACAGAUUUCCUACCACGGCAUUGGUUGUGGGACCUGUGGGCAGCGGGAAAAGUCACCUCCUUGGAGAAUUCUUGCGCCGUCAUACUUGCAACUGCUUUUACAUAACAGCAAGCCAGGUACUGCGAUCCUAUCCGGGUGAAACAGAAGAGGAGUUGAGAAGAAUCUUCCAGGCUGCGGAAAUUUUCAAGGAGCAGCUGCGACCUUUACUGCCCAUUGUUAUACUCAUCGAGGACUUGGAGCUGCUCUGCCCCUCGUCAAGUUCUGCAGAUCCCAAGAACUCCAGCAAUUCCCUGCGCAUCUCAGCACAGCUCUACAAACUGAUAGAUGCACUGCCUCAGGGAAUCAUUUGUGUGGCCACUUCGGGAUCUCCGGACUCUCUGCAUGAACACGCGCGCAGACGCUUUGUGCGGGAAGUGUCCAUCGAGAUGCCCAGCGAGGAGCAGCGCAGGCAGCUCGUGAAGGAGCUUUGCCAAGCCCAUGAGCUGGAUGUCUCGGAUACUCUGCUUGAUCACAUAGCAAGGAACACACAGGGAUAUGUAAUGGCUGAUCUCAAUCUCCUCCUUCGCCGUGUGCAACAGGAACUUCUUACCAAAGAGACCUCCAGUGUGGAGCAAGUCUUUCGACAGUCGCUACUCCAAACCCAGCCAAGUGCUUCGCGUGGCACGGAUGUGCGAGUGUCGAAAAUGACGGCCGGCUUCGAGGUAAUCGGAGGAAUGGAGUCACUGAAACGCACCUUGCAAGUCUCUGUUUUGGCGGGUCUUCGACAGAGUGCCGCAUUCGCCCGUUUCGGACUGACUCUGCCCAAGGGAGUGCUGCUCUAUGGACCACCUGGAUGUGCCAAAACCACUAUUGCCAAGUGCCUGGCCAAGGAGGCCAACAUGACCUUUAUUGCCACCUCGGCGGCGGAGGUAUACUCGCCCUACGUGGGAUGUGCCGAGAGAUUUAUUUCGCGGAUCUUCGACACCGCGCGUAAAAACGCACCUUGCCUGAUAUUCCUAGAUGAGAUUGAUUCCCUAGUUGGCAGAAGGACAGUUUCAAGUGGCGGUGGCGGUGGGCAAGUUCAGCUGCGGAUUCUAUCCACCUUGCUCACCGAAAUGGACGGAAUUGUGGGUGGAGGCACUCAACAGCACAUACUCGUGGUGGCGGCGACCAAUCGUCCGGAUAUGAUCGAUGACGCCCUGAUACGACCCGGUCGCUUUGACAAACUCAUCCAUGUUCCAGCCCCGGAUGAGGAGUCUCGUCUGGCAUUGUUGAAACUUCACGCUAAGCGAAUGCCCUUCCACCGAAAUGUGGUUCUUGAUGAGAUUGCAACGCGCACUGAUCGUUGCUCUGGCGCGGAUCUGUGUAAUCUCUGCAAUGAGGCUGCCAUCGAGGCUUUCCAGCGUGACUUUGAGGCCACUGAAAUUGAGCUGCAGGAUUUUGAAAAGGUGCUGGCCAAACAAAAAUCCUCGCUUACGCAAAACCAAAUAGAUGCUUACUACAAAUUUGCCAGUAGGUUUUCGUAAAAUCGAAAAAGAAAAUUUAGAAUAAUACUUAGAAGGUUCGAAUUUUUAGGUAUGAUAUAAUAAAUUUGUUAAAUUUAACAUA